UCGCAUCUCUAGUUCUCUACCCUUUAUUUACCCCCUCGCUCAUCUCCACACUCGCCGCAUGCACAAUUGCAAGCUGAGGUACGCCACCACGCUCCACGCCCCACAGUGCCACACCUCAGAGAGCCGAACGCCAUGGCCCCGACACCCGCCGCCGCCGCAACCGUCGGCCACCGCAGCUUCGUCCGCGCCAACCCGCGCUCCGACCGCUUCCACGCGCUGUCGUUCCACCACGUCGAGCUCUGGUGCGCCGACGCCGCGUCCGCCGCCGGCCGCUUCUCCUUCGCGCUCGGCGCGCCACUCGCCGCGCGUUCCGACCACUCCACGGGGAACUCCGCGCACGCCUCGCUCCUGCUCCGCUCGGACUCCCUCGCGUUCCUCUUCACCGCGCCCUACGCGCACGGCGUCGACGCCGCCACCGCAUCCCUGCCGUCCUUCUCCGCGCCCGCCGCGCGGCGCUUCGCGGCCGACCACGGCCUCGCGGUGCGCGCCAUCGCGCUCCGUGUCGCCGACGCCGAGGACUCCUUCCGCGCCAGCGUCGCCGCCGGCGCGCGCCCGGCGUUCGAGCCCGUCGAGCUCGGCCUCGGGUUCCGCCUCGCCGAGGUCGAGCUCUACGGCGACGUCGUGCUCCGCUACGUCAGCCACCCUGACGCCACGGACGACGCCCCCUUCUUGCCGGGCUUCGAGGACGUCAUCAGCAGCCGGGGGGCGCCGGACUACGGGCUGAGGCGGUUCGACCACGUCGUCGGCAACGUGCCGGAGCUGGCGCCGGUGGCCGCGUACGUCGCCGGGUACGGGUUCCACGAGUUCGCCGAGUUCACGGCGGAGGAUGUCGGCACGGCGGAGAGCGGGCUCAACGCGGUGGUCCUCGCCAACAACUCCGAGACGGUGCUGCUACCGCUCACCGAGCCGGUGCACGGCACGAAGCGCCGCAGCCAGAUACAGACGUACCUGGACCACCACGGCGGCCCGGGCGUGCAGCACAUCGCCAUGGCCAGCGACGACGUGCUCAGGACGCUGCGGAAGAUGCGGGCGCGCUCCGCCAUGGGCGGGUUCGAGUUCUUGGCACCGCCGCCGCCCAACUACUACGACGGCGUCAGGCGCCGCGCCGGCGACGUGCUCUCGGAGGCGCAGAUCAAAGAGUGCCAGGAGCUGGGGGUGCUGGUGGACAGGGAUGACCAGGGGGUGCUGCUCCAAAUCUUCACCAAGCCAGUGGGGGACAGGCCAACGUUCUUCCUGGAGAUAAUCCAAAGGAUCGGGUGCAUGGAGAAGGAUGAAACGGGGCUAGACUACCAGAGAGGCGCCUGCGGCGGGUUCGGCAAGGGCAACUUCUCCGAGCUGUUCAAAUCCGUCGAGGAGUACGAGAAGUCGCUUGAAGCAAAGCAAGCUGAUGCUCUUCAGGAAUCCUAGAAUACAACUUGAAGAAGGGCAGCAGUUCUAGUAAUUUGUAUCAUGGUACAAAAGAAAAAGGGUGUUCCUUGGAACACUUGACAUGCAGACACCGAUGUAGUAAUAGAUAGUUGAAUAUGACGAUAUGUUGCUACAACCGGUGUAACAGAGGUGAUAAGAGACGGAACUUGAAGAUACGUUACAUGUUUGCUGAAAUGCCUAAAUAAAGAAAUAAAAAAAAAUGAAGCAA